AUGAAUGUGUAAUAGGCUUAGGUAAUGCUUUAUACGAAUAAAAUUAGUGAUUAAGGUAUUUUAGGCUUAGGUUCUUCUUUAGCAAAGUGUUCUAAUCUUUCAAAUUUAGAAAUUUAUAUUGACAGAAAUAAAGUUGGUGCAAUUGGUGUGUCAGGCUUAGGUUCUAGUUUGGCAAAGUGCACUAAACUAUCAAAUUUGACACUUAAUCUUUCGGAAAAUUAAAUUGGCGAUUAAGGUGCAUCAGGUUUAGGUUCUGCUUUAUCAAAGUGCAAUAAUCUCUCAAGUUUGUAAUUAUAUCUUGGGUAAAAUUAAAUUGGUGAUAAAGGUUCAUCAGGCUUAGCUUCUGCUUUAGCAAAAUGUGCUACUAUUUCAAAAUUGACACUGAGUCUUAGGUAGAAUUAAAUUUGUGAUUCAGGAGCAUCAAGGUUAAGUUCUGCGAUAGCAAAGUUCACUAAUCUCUCAAAUUUGAAACUUAUUCUUAGAGAAACUUAAAUUGGUGAUUAAGGUGCAUCAGACUUAGGUUCUGCUUUUGUAAAGUGUACUAAUCUCUCAAAUUUGACACUCUUUCUUGAUGAUAAUAAAGUUGGCUCAAUUGGUUCAUUAGGCUUAGGUUCUGCUUUAGCAAAGUGUAUUAAUCUUUCAAAUUUGACACUCAAUCUAUACGGUAAUAAUAUCAAUGAUAAAGGUGCAUCAAACUUAAGUUCUAAUUUAAAAAACUGCACUAAUCUCAAAAACUUGACACUUGAUCUAUUGUGGAAUGAAAUUAGUGCAUUUGGUGCUUCAGACUUAGGUUCUAAUUUAGCAAUGCUUACUAAUCUCUAAAAUUUGUUUCUUAAACUCAAUCGUAAGGAAAUCAGUCUAUCAUAAUAAUUGAAAAUUAGAAGCAAGUGCCUUAAAUUAAAAAGAUUAGUUACCUAAAAAAUAUGUUUCUAUUUCUGA